GUUAUAAAAAUAAAAAUAAAACUAUAAAUUCCAACAUAUCUGGUAGGAGCAAAUUAACUUAGCGUUCUUAAAUAAUGCAUAACUUAAAAAUAAAAUUUAGCCUGAUAACAUGUUACCAGCUUAGUGUUUUUAUUAUUUUAUGUAAUAAUAUAAAAUGAGAUAACAUCGGUGAAAAAAAUACAUGUACUUAUUUAUCUGUUGCUGCAUUUUGUUAUAAAACUCAUAUCAACUAUAUACAUACAUACAUCACCAGUGUUGUUUCACUUAUGUUCAUUAUAUUUUGAGAAGAAGCUGAUCAGGGGAGUGGUAAAUAUACAAUAGUAUCUAUUAUAAUAGUAUUUUAUUGUGUUUGCCAACAUUUUGACCUACGUUGUAGAUCUUCAUUAGGGCAUUUCUUCUGGCACUGACUGAAGAAGUUAGAAGACUGAUGAAUCAAACUAUAAUUACGAUCAAUCAUCUCCAGGGCAUUAUGUUCAUGAAAGUAUAAAUUUAUGAUAUGAAAUGAGUUGAAAACAUUUUUAUGUAUAGAUUUUUCAUGCAAAAUAUGGCUCUGCAAAUGUUCUUUAUCUCGAUGGAUAAAAUGGUGGUUUUGGUAAUACAGUCCAGAAAAGUCUCAUAAAAUAAUGAAUAACAACUGUGUACAUGGUUUUGUAUUAGAAAACCUAUGAAGGAACACUAAUCAUAGCUAUAAAAAAUAAAACAGAUUUAGAAUGAGAACUUCUUUUUUUCUACACUGUAGCAUGACUGCUUUUCUACAAAUAUUUUUUCUCUAAGCUUUGGUGUUUGCAAUAUCACAUUAAUGAAAUAAAACUUUAAAAAGCUGAAAAACAAACUUUCCUUAAUUUAUCUUCAAUGGAAGCACAAAACUGUGAAAACGGUAAUUAAAAAUUGUUGAAUAUGACAUCACCAGGGGACGGGAUUCUAUCACCAGGGGAUGGGAUUCUAUCACCAGGGGACGGGAUUCCAUAGAUUUUUUGGUGAUGAGAAGUUUUUUGCUAAUUUAUCCUAUAUGCCAACUAGCCUCAUUCUUUCUCUGAUAAUUAUAUUAUCAUUUAAUGAUAAUAUUUACACUUCAUCACUAAUAAUUUACACUCAUGUGCAUUUAAAAUGUCAGAUGGAUCCAGCCACAUUAGAAAAUGCUCUGGAAAAAAAAUGUAGAAAUCAUGCUUGGUUAGCAUGGAUAUUGCUCCUGACUUGCAGCCCAUUAAUUUUUGUUGCUUCACAUUUAUCUUCAUAUGUGUUUCUUGGAGGAAACCCUUCUUUUUUCUGCUACAUACCAGAGCUAGUUGAAACAAACUGGACAAAAGAACAAAUCAGAGAGAUCAGCAGCCCUGGAUUGGAAAAACAAAGUUGUGUUCAUUAUGCCAGGAAUUAUUCUUUGCUGAAGGAAUUGGAUUUUGAAGAAGCCCUAAGUUAUUGCAAUAAAAGGCCAAAACCACAUGUGGUAAAAUGUAAAAAUUACAUUUAUGAAGAAGAAGUUUUUCAUGAAACAAUCAUUAGCGAGUGGGAUCUUGUUUGUGAUGAUUUGCCUCUCAGAUCUACAGCACAGGGUACUGUAGCAUUCGGAAAAUUAUUUGGUGCUGUAGUAUUUGGCAUGAUUAGUGACAGGUAUGGAAGAAAGAGGAUAUUUAUAUUUUCCUGUACUCUACUCACGGUAGUAGGGCCUUCGGCUGCUUUUGUACAUAGCUAUGCAAUGUUUAUAAUACUUAGACUAUUGAUUGGUGUAGCUAACUCUGGAAUCUUUGAAACUGGUUACACACUCGUGUUAGAACUUACAGUAAAAAAAUACAGGACAUGCUUAGGGAAUAUAUUCAACAUAGGUUUUGCAAUCGGACUUGUGUAUCUUUCACUAGCUGCGUAUUUGACUGUUGGCUGGAGGCAACUUCAAUUAGCCAUCUCUCUUCCUAUGAUUGCUUGUACAAUCCUUGGGUGCUUCUUACCAGAAUCACCAAGAUGGUUGAUAACUUCAGGAAAGCUAGACAAAGCCUCAAAACUAUUAGGAAGUUCAGCAGGCAUCGUUUCUAAAGAGUCUGCUAAAUCUCAAGAUAUUAAGGUCAAUUCUGAUUCAUACUGCAAGAAAUUGAUUUUUUUCUUUAAAGAUUACCUAAAACUUUUCUCAACUCUUGAACUUGCCAAAAGAAUUUUAAUAUGCAAUUAUUUGUGGUUUAUGGGAAGUUUUUAUUACUUUGUAAUAGCACUAAGUGGAAUAAACUUUGAUUUCAAUCAGUACCUCUAUGUUGUGCUGAAUGGAAUUGUUGAGGUUCCAGGCUUCUUGCUUCCUCUCCUUUUUCUUUCUUACUUUGGCCGGAAGAGUUCAGGAAUAAUAUUGUGGUUUGUUUCUGGCAUCACAAUGUUGAUAACAAUAGUAAUGCCACCAGGUGGACCGAUGAUGUGUAUUUCUUUGGCUGGGAGACUCUUUGGAACAGCUGCAUAUGGAGUUACCAUGUUUCACACUGUUGAACUAUUUCCAACAGAAAAACGCAAUACUGCUUUAGGUAGCUGCCUCACUGUAUCACAAAUUGGUGCAUUACUUGCACCCUACAUAGUGGACAUAAUGGGAAGGAAGUUUUGGUGGAUUCCGACGACACUUUGUGGCUUCCUAGCACUCCAAGGUGCAUUCUUCUCGAUGUUCAUACCAGAAACCAAAAACGUUCCAAUGCUUGAUACAAUCAAAGAGAUGGUCGAGCAUGAAGAUGAGGAUCUUUACAAGGAUUCUGAAUGAAUUAGUUGACAUUUUAUACUUAAAAUCUUGUGAAUUAUAUUAUGAUUAAUAUAAUUGAUAAACUUUUAAGCUAAGAUUUGAUUCUAAAUUUCUGUGAGUACUGUAUCCCUUCCUACAUAUUUAAAUGUAUUCCAAUUAAUCCUCAAAAAAUAAUUCGGCAUGAAGUAACGUGUCUAAAAACCCUUCUAAGUUA